AUGAGGGAAGAAGAUCAAGUGGUUCAAAUGGAGUUGCAACAAAUGGCGUUGGCUGGACGCGCGUGGAAGCAAAGGAAGUGUUUAUCGAAGCAGUUAUCGAUGAGUGAAAAGCUGGGAGACAUGGCGUGGGAGAGAAGGAGAAGACAAGAGAGGAGAAGGAACAGUAUUCAAAGUUGUGAAGAUGAUGUAACGGACGAUGACAUGAGGGAGCUGAAAGGGUGCAUAGAAUUAGGUUUCGGAUUCAACGAGGAAGAUGGACAGACACUGUGCAACACGUUGCCGGCUCUCGACCUCUAUUUCGCCGUCAACCGCCAGCUAUCUCCGAGCCCUGUCUCUACCCCUCAUAGCCGCGCCUCUUCUUCCUUUGGCAGCCCUAUCUGUGCAGCUGAUCCUUCAGAUUCUUGGAAGAUUUGUAGCCCAGGAGAUGACCCUGAACAUGUAAAGACCAAGUUAAGGCACUGGGCUCAGGCUGUAGCUUGUUCUGUAAUGCAGUCUCAUUAA